CCCCGCCGGCAACGGCACUUCGUGGAAGAGCCACGUCUACGACGACUGACGGACGGACGGAUAUAGACGGACGUUCCUUCCGACCUGCCAGUGAUCACACACAGCCCACUGCCGUGAGGAUGUUGCGAAAGUGCCUGAUUGUCCUGCCGCUGCUGGUGCUCGGCGCCCUCGCCGACGAGAAGGAUGUCCUGGAGCUCACCGACGAGACCUUCGAGAGCGAGCUCGAGCGUCACGAGAACACGCUCGUCAUGUUUUACGCACCAUGGUGCGGGCAUUGUAAACGCCUGAAGCCAGAAUAUGCAAAGGCAGCUGAGCUGCUCAUAGGCAGCGAGCCGCCCAUCACGCUCGCCAAGGUCGACUGUACGGAGGCCGGAAAGGAAACCUGCAACAAGUUCUCCGUCAACGGUUACCCGACGCUCAAGAUCUUCGAGCGUAACGAGCUCAGAUCCGACUACAACGGUCCUAGAGAAGCGUCUGGCAUCGUCAAGUACAUGAAGUCCCAAGUGGGACCGGCGUCCAAGGAGUUGACCAGCGAAGAAGCCCACAAGACGUUCCUUGAAACUGACGAAGUCAGUGUGAUAGGUUAUUUCGAAAAGGACGAUUCUCCAUUGUCUGCGGCAUAUCAUACCGUUUCCAAGAAGCUCAGAGAGAAGGUCAGAUUCGGUCAUACGUCGGUAAAGGAAGUUUUGGACAAAGUGUCUCACAAGAACACGAUUGUUCUUUAUCGGCCAAAGAUACUCCACAACAAGUUUGAAGAUAACAGCGUAGUGUACGAAGGCAGCGAUGCUAUUAGCGACGUGAAUGAAUUCGUUACCAAAAACUACUACGGUAUUGCCGGCGUACGCACUCGCGAUAACGCGCAAGACUUCAAGAAUCCUCUGGUGGUUGCCUACUACAAUGUGGACUACGUGAAGAAUGCCAAGGGUACGAACUACUGGCGCAACAGGAUCAUCAAGGUCGCCAAGGACUUCCCCGAGCUCUCCUUCGCCAUAUCUUCUAAGGAUGACUUCCAGCAUGAACUGAACGACUUUGGAAUCGACUACGCGAAGGGCGACAAGCCGGUCAUUUUGGCGCGAGAUGCCAAGAAUCAGAAGUUCGUUCUAAAAGACGAAUUCUCCAUGGAGACGUUCGAGACGUUCCUAAAGGAUUUCCAGGCCGGUGCUCUGGAGCCGUACCUCAAAUCCGAGCCGAUCCCGGAAAGCAAUACGGGUAAUGUGAAGGUCGCGGUGGCCAAGAACUUCGACGAGGUGGUAACCGAUAACGGUAAGGACACAUUGAUCGAGUUUUACGCGCCCUGGUGCGGCCACUGUAAGAAAUUGGCACCGGUGUACGACGAAUUGGGCGAUAAGCUAGCAGACGAGGACGUAGAGAUUGUCAAGUUUGACGCCGCGGCAAACGACGUGCCGGCACCGUACGAAGUACGCGGUUUCCCAACCCUCUUCUGGGUACCCAAGGACGCCAAGGACAGCCCGGUCAAGUACGAGGGCGGCCGCGAACUGGACGACUUCAUCAAAUACAUCGCCAAGCACUCCACCGACGAGCUCAAGGGCUACGAUCGCAAGGGCAAGGCGCUCAAGCCUAGAACUGACGAGCUGUAAGACGUCACUAACGUAAACGACCACGAAGUUCGUUCUCUUGCAUUUUCGAAUGCGUCUAAUCGACGAAACAGUACGGGAGUUUCUCUCACGUAACACGCAAGCAAGUACACUCAAGAACGCGCGAUUGUGUAUAAACAGAAAAAAUAACACUUAGAGUGCAGAUAUAUCAUGGGGUUUUCGCGCGACGUUUCGCAAUAAGUGAAAAAA